AACUGCUUUUGUCCCACGAAACGUGUGAGUGCGGUGUCACGGAUGUCUAUGGUGUAUAUAAACAAACACGAGCUAGUCUUUGCACAUCGUGUUUCCCACAGCACACAGGAAAGGAAUAGACAUGAAAGCAAUAGUAGCUUUGCUGUUUCUCUCGGCGCUGGCCUGGCAUGCCCAAGCGGAGAUGGAGUACCAUCCACAGGCCAUCUUGAAUUAUCUUGAGAGGGAAGAUCGUGAGAUGGUCAGGAAAGUUCGCGGCCUCUUGAAACUGCAAGACCAUGGACCCAGCUUUAAGCCAUCCUUCAAACCAUCUUUCAAACCAACAGGAGAAAUGAUUCCACCGCCAAUAAAAAAGUGGGUGGCUCAAGCGCUGAUCUGUCAUCAUAAAGCCGGAGAAGAUGCUUGUGAACAUCUCAAGUGUAUCAAGCUAAGUGGAUGUUGUCUGAAGGAAACAGGGAUUGAAUUUCGUCCACCUCCAUUUGUGAAGAGAUGCCUGCCUAUCAUUCCGUGUUGCAUGCUGGGAAGUGAGACCUGCGAAGAGAAGCUGUGUUGUUUUGUGCGAUUUGGAGAAUGUUUGAAAAAGCUUGGAGACAACAUAGACGCAUAA